CAGCACUAUGUCAACACCUCUGAAGAAAAAUCACAUUUACUGUUGGACUGUAAUCAUUUCUGGAUUCACAUCGGCCGUGGGAGACUUUUUGGUUUGUGGUUUGGAGGUCUGAGGUUUUUAUUGUGAAGGAAUAAGAAGAAGUUGGACAGAGCUCCUAAAGGUUUUAACUGCGUUCAUUCCAGGGUCACACGAAGGUUUUCUUUUUUUUUUUUACUGUGAAAUGUUGGGAUUGUUUGUUGUAAGAAAUGGACAUUUGCACAUGUGGACAUGAGGAUCCGGAGAUCUUACUUAUAAACUUAUAACUUAUAAACGACUGAGCACAUUUUGGACUUUGUUUUAGGGCAUUUUUUUAAAAUUAUUAUUUUUUAUCAACCUUUUGUAAUAAUACAAAUUUGCAUAGUUGUUCUGAACCCAAAUGUGCUAUUUGUGAAGAUAUAGCAUUUUAAGACUUUUAUUGUGAAAUGCUCAAGGCUCGUUUUGUGAAUAACUGGAAAAUAUGUGCGUCCAAUGACAUUCAUUUUUCUCUUCAACUAAAAAAGGCAAAAAUUAUUUUUAAUGCUUAUUUUGCAGAAUCAAACUCUUUUAUAAGGCAGGGCUAACUAAAUUUGGAGGAAUUAGGACCUUUUCUGGAAUUAUUGAUCCUCUUUGGACAUUUAUUGUGAAGGACCUGGAUGAUACAAAUCUCUUUAUGAGUUUGAAUAACAAGGGGUUGAAAACUGACUCCAAGAGAAGACUUACUGCGAAAAGAUGAUAAUACUAUUGUAGUUUAGUCGUGGUGAGUCACCUGUAAUCUGUCAGCCCAUCAAACUCCUAAUCACAGCUCGAGAAACAAUGAUUUCAUAUGUGGAAUGCCUGGGUGGGGAGGGGGCGGGGCCUGGUGUGACGUCGCAUUGUUGGAAUUCUGGUCCUGAUGAAGAGCGAGAUGAGCUUCUUCCACGCAAGAUGAUUUCCUUGCAACCAAAAACAGAGGGCAGCCUGCGCCGGCGCCUGCUCAGAGCUAAAAUCUACCAGCACCAUGAUGCCAUCUAUGGGUUAAAUGCAGGUGGCGUGGGACAGCUUGCAUCAGCCUCAAGUGAAAAAAAGCCCCUCCCAGCUCACCUGCAGUAUCAAGGAAACAGUCCCUGGUUCCGCCCGCAGCAACUCCCACCACGCUCCCAUAUCAACCCUUCUUUCACCCCAGAGGUUCGUGGGAAACUGUUCCUUACUCCAGAGGCCUGCGGUAAACCCCAUCCACAGUCUCUGCCGCUUCAGCUGCAGCGCCCUAACUGCCCAGUUCUCACCCAGCGACGCAGAACUAGUUCCUGCCCCCCAACCCCAGAGCCCCGUCCCGGUUACACCAUGCCUGUCCCCUUUCAUCUUAGAACUACACCCCCAUUCAAGGAGCCAGAGCCGCCACCACAAUAUCGCUACAGGCCCAGCAGGAAGUGCAAGACAAGCUUCUUGUGCUUUAGACGUCGCAAAGGGAGAAUGUCUGGGAAGGAAGCAACCCAAACUACACCCCUUCUACACAAAGGGGACGGGGACAGUAAGUGGUCUGUUCACUACACUACCCAGAAGCCUCAGCAGGGUCUGCGCUUCAUCCCUGGCAAAAGGCGAUCAGGCAGUGCUGAUGACCUGCGAGCAUGUAAUGGGCUGACUCAGCAUGGCUGCAGCAUCCCAAGUGGUUCUCAGCCCCACCCCCCCAGCCCCACCCUUCCUCCCUUCUCCAGCAUCAACCAAUCAGACGGAACCACACGACGAGGGUGGAGGGACAAAAGCAGGAAGAUGAGGUCCAGAGUCUUGGACUUUUUCUCUAAGUCUUGCUUUUCAGUUUGUUUCAAGUUUUCAGUUUGGAGAAGAAAGUCCACAACAUCCUCAGAGGAAGAUGAGAUGUUCAUCUUGAACAACAGGCGACCCCUGACACCACUGGUCCUGAAUCCCGUCCAUCUCACCUCCUGUUGGGAUGAUGAUGAGCAAACAUAUGAGCCAAAAGUCGAAAUGGAUGUGGAACCGCACCCUCGACUUCCAACGCCGGAGGAGAGGAUGAGGCAGCAGGCCGAAGCAGUCGCAGCAGAUAUUGUUCCUAUUAAUGUAACAGGUGAGAGUUUUGAUCGCCAAGCCAGUUUUCGAAGAACACUUUCCAAUGCUGACUCACUAAACCGACGACCCCGGAAAUUGAGCCGACGCAAGACAGUUACUGGGAUACCAGAUAAUGCCCUCCCGAAGUCACCAUCUAUCUCUGACGUUCUUCCUGGUCAGUUCUCCACUGUGGGUCGACCUGCAUCUGAAUGUACCUCUCCUCAUCAGCAGAGGAACAUGGAGGUGGAGGAAAAGGGAGAUCUAAGAAAAGAGGAGCAGCUGUCAACAAGGAGAAUCCGAGCCCCUAAAGGAGAGGGAAUGUCCAGCCUCAUGGCCUCCCUUACCUCUUCCCCACAUAUUGGUUGCCAUUCCGGCUCCUGCUGCUCACCAUCCUUGGAGAGCCACACCCUCCCCCGUCCAGCAACCAACUCCUCCCUGAACUCCGAGGCCAGCUGUAACAGUGUAUCCUGCAGGACUCUCAGCACCUCCUCAUCUUGCUACCAGUCACAGGAUCUACAGGGAUUCCCCAGUGAUCUUCACCCUCUGCUGCCCUUUGAUCCCACUGCCAGAGUAAUGCCACAGUCUCCUUCCUCCUCCUUUAAUUCCGUUCCCUCCUCACCUAUUAUAUCAUCUGUCCCUGCAACCUCUAGUUGUGCCCUACAAUCAGAGUGGGCUUCCCCCAGUGAUAAGCCCAAUAAUGAGGCCCUUUCUUCCCCCGGCUCUCUUCCUUCUUCCCCUAUCACUGAUUCAGAGACUCAGUUUCAUUACCCAGCAGAGGAUGACCUGACAACCACAAAGCAGGACACCCAGUGUUUCUCAGAUGGUUGUUCCUUGACUGGAGAGAGAUGGAGCUACAAAACCCUCUCUCCAACCUCCAGUGUCCACAGUGGAAUUUCCCAGGAAAUGAGAUGUGUUUCUGAUGAAGGUUGGAACUUCGAUCCACUUCUCUCUUCUGGUCGGUCCUCCCCUUCUUGCACUGAUAGCAGCUCCUUGCGUUCAGUGAAGAUGUCCUCUCCCUCGCUAAACCGUGAGAAAAGGAAGUCAAGCACAUCCUCCUGCUACUCUCGUUCUGUCACCCGCAGCAUCUCCCUUCGCAAGUCCAAGCGUCCACCUCCUCCACCAUUGCGUUCUGAUUCAUUGAGGCGACGGCCAGGUCGUAGCAAAUCUUCGCGUUCUUCUUUUAGUCCCAAGGUGGAGCGCGGUCCCCGCCUGGAACGCACCAUGCAGCACACACCUGCGUCAUCUCCCCAGAACUUUCAGGAUCCCUGGGUGCCCCGAAGUAGCACCAAAAGACGCCAAAGUGGGCUUAACUGUGGUACAGUUUCAACCUUUGAGCCUCUAAACCCAGACUGCCAGGCAUCAACCUCUUCUGACUCUCCUCCUUCCAACCUCGAACCAACUCACCUCAGCCCUGGGUCUCCAGGUUCAGAGGAGGAAGGUCUGACUUUUACUCUCAAUCACCAACCUCCAGCUUCCUCUUCUGUGCCUGGGCUUCAGCGACUUGCUUCGCCCUCCAGUGGGUACUCUAGUCAGUCUAACACUCCAACUCCUGGCACGCCAGUGUCUUCACCCCUCAUCCCAUCCUCCCCUCUCACAACAAGUCCUGGAGCUUUCUCCCUCCCCCCAACCUCACCUUUCUCCUCUUCCUGCUUUACCUCCUUCCCCCUCUCCCCUGUCGCAUCCUCCCUGCCUAGGACAAGGUCUCGAGGUGAAGGCAGACCAAAGCCACCAGUGCCAGAGAGGAAGUCUUCACUUUUCUCAUCCCUUUCAUCCUCAUUUUCUUCAACCUCUUCCCUCUCCUCCUGCACCUCCUCAGACUCCUCUGCCAAACAUAUUAAUCUUCCUGCCCCACCACCUCGGCCUCCUCUUCUCGAGUCUUCUUUGCUUUCACUUUCCUGCUCUCCCAUUCAUGAAACUCUUCCUCCUCCCCCUCCUCCUCCACUGCAGUCCUGCUCACCUGCUCCUUGUUCUUUCACUAAACUUUCUCUUGUUCCUCUUCCUUCACCAUCAUCCCUUCCUCUGCCCCCUCCACCGCCUCCUCUCCCACCAUUAUCCCUUGCCAGGCCUUCUCCUCUACCUCCCUUCUCCCGGCCUCCUCCUCCCCCCUACUCCUACGCUGUCAGGCAGACUUCCCAUCAUGAUCUGGUAUUUACAGUGUCAUCUUCCACCAACUUCCCUCCUCCCCCAACUUCUCCCCCUCCUCCCCCAUGUUCAGAACUCCCAGACAUGCCAAUUGCUGACCUCCCUCCACCACCACCACCUCCCCCUCUCCCUCCUUUGUCUACUGUCCCCACACCUUUUGCCUCUGUCUUCUCCCGACCAAGCCCAGACGCGUUUCCACACAAAUAUGGCAAAGCACACCCCUGCCCUCUGGUAACUGCUCAAGCUCUGCAGGACGUCAAACUCCGCUCUAUUAAGAACCAGGAAGUCCUGCCAGCCAAUGGUACAUCUACUGAUGAUGGCGCUUUGUUGUCUGUUGGUAACCAUGGUAACCAGGAUCUACCAAUCAAAGAAGCUCAACAUUACUUGGCUGACUUGACUAAAGGAAACCUUGUUUCCAACACCAGUGUUAACCUAGCGGAACAAGGAUCAGAAAACGAUAUCUGUUAUGUUGCAAACAAUGACAAUAAUACAGCUAGUGCAUCCUUGGAUAAUGCUAGCCUUCACAGCCCAGACAAUGCUGAAAUGAAACAACCUAAACAUGAAUCAGAUGAUGAUUUCUUCAAACAAACAAAAACAGAGCUUUUGGCAGAUGAAUCAGAUUUCAACAAUCUUCAAAGCUCACAAAGCAUUAUUCAUAACACUGCUAGCAAGAGAAGUCUUGGGCUUCAGCUGAGGAAUGGUGGCACUCCUCAAUGCAGACAGUCCAGUGAACAGAAAAAGAAAGAUUCAGACAUGUAUGCUACACUAGCUAACAAUGAAAUCUCCAGUUCUGAGAGUCCAUGGGUGAAAAUGUCUUAUGAAACUGACAAUAACCAUGUCAGCACAAUAAGUCAACCUACGUCUUUCCAACGAAACAUUAUAGGAACAGUGCUAACAGAUGCUAAGCUCAAAGAACUUGCAGAGAUUCAAAGAGAAUGCAGAAAAAUGCUGUUAGAGAGCAAAGAGGAAGUCGAGCAAAAUGACAAGAAAAAAUCACAAAUGCAGUCACUCUGUGCUGCUGAUGGAGAUUUGAAGAAUGUUGAUAUUAAACACUGUAACAGGGACUUGAAGCCAAGUAGCCCAAGAAAGAUCUGCUCUCCAGAGAAGCCAGUUCCACCAAAGAAGCCUGAUCUUUGCAUUCUGGGUCUCACAACAUCCCCCAACGCCACACGAGAACUCAAUGUGGUGAGGAGCAAUGGACAAAGUACAGCAUUUUCUCCAGGGUUCAACAGCCAGUCACAGUUUCCUGAUGAUUCUUUCUGCACACCUUUACACAAACAUGUGAUCCAUAGUCCCCCUUCACCAAAGCACUUGGUGUCCACCAGUGAUAACUCAGUGACACCUGUAUACCCAAUUAACACAACAUCUGCCAAUAUCACCAUGCACUCACCUGCCAGCUCCCCUCAACGGACAAAAACACCAAUUUUGCACAAGAGACCAGAUCUCUCACUGACCUCACCCAAAACAACCAAACCACUCUUUCCAUCUAAAAUUACAGGAGGGGCUUCCAUGGGGACCUCUGGGACUGGAGGUGCUUCACAGAGUCUGUGCAUCACAGCUAGCAGUAGCACCUUGAAAACCAUAGGCACCGGGACCACAAUGGCUCGAAACACUUUGAAUGAAACCUUGGAUACCUUAAAGACCAACUACUCCCUAGGAGCCAUGGAAAUGUAUAGAACCUGCGCCUCCUCAAGGAUCAUGGGAAUGGCUACCCGUAGCACAUUAGGGAACUCAAAGGGCCAAGGAACUACUUCCACAUGGACUGAGGGCACCCAAACUGAAGUAACACACCCCAGUUGUGGUGAUAUCAAAACAAAACUUUAUCAAGAUGAUACAUCAUUUCAGAGGAGAAUGAUGAGGUCAUCACUAGCUGAAGAUGAAGAGGAAGAUAUUAAGGAAAGUUUGGAAGAGAGAAGGAUUAACAUGGCAAGGAUGAUGAUGAUGUCAUCCACCACAAAGAAAAAAGACAAAGGAAGGAAAAAGAAGAAGAAAAGGCCAGGCAGGCAGCUGCUAAUGAUCUCAGCAAAAAUGGAACCCUCCCCAUCAUCUUCAUCAUCCUCAUCAUCCUCAUCAUCCUCUUCAUCCUCAUCUGGAGAUGAGAGAGAUGUAAGAAAAGACAGGACAAUCCAAAUAAGCCAGAAGAUGAAAGUUACUAAAGUUUGGGACCAAGACACAAGUGACUCUGAAAGCUCCUUCAGUUUGAUUGGUCAGAGCAGGUACUCUCUCAGCAGCGUACUGUCCACUGACAGCCUGCGGGGUGAACUGUCACUACCAGAUCUUCUCAUACAAGAGCCAGGUGAAAAACAAGACGAGCCCGGAGCUCUGAGAGGAGGAGAAAAAUCAAAGGAGGCUAGCAGUCCCCAGGAUGCUGAUGUGUUUGGCAGCAUUUCAGCAGAUCAGAUGUUCAUCUCUGGUUGUCCGCGAACCACAGAGGAUCUAUUCACCAUCAUUCACAGGUCCAAGAGGAAGAUGCUUGGAAGAAGGGAUCUAGAAGAAGACAAACAUCGUGUCUCGAGCUCCUCCUCCUCCCCCUCCCCUCCGGUGACUCCCACUGACCAGCUAAUGCGACCUGCAGCACUCAAGAGUCAAAGGUCAGCAAGAAGUGAGAGCUUUAAGGCUCUCCUGCUGAGGAAGGGCAGUCGACCUGAUUCUUCAUCUCGAAUCUCAGCAGUUGAGCGACUUCGGAAAGUUGUUUCUCCCACUGCAGCAGCUGACCUUCAUGGUGCACCACCACCUCACAUAUCCUCAGACCAAGUAAACUCCACAAGCUCCCUCCAAACUGGAGAAACACAUGACAUCACUGCCCACCUGACUCUUAAUGUUCAGCAACCUCCCAGAUCUCCAUGUGCUCAGAGCUUCUCCAUGAUGUUGGAAUGGAGGCAACAGGAUCUGCCACAUAAUAACCUCUUCUUCUCAUCUUCUUCCUCCUCUCCCUUCUUCUUCCUGUCAUCCUCCUCCACGCGCCCUCGCUCCCUCACUCCUCCCUGCUCGGCUAGCCGCCGCUUUGCCGCCCGCUGCCGCCUUGUUGCAGCCCCCAUGACUGCAAUCUUUGAAGGGGAAGAUGAGGAGGAAGAUGAAGAGGAUUUCAACGAGUCAUCGGGAGCUGAUGGAGAAUCCAGUCUGACACUGGUUGAGACUGCUUGAUGGACAAGAAAGCUUGCUGAUGUAGCUGGGAGCAGAUGGAUGUUAGACACCACAGAAAAAUUGGAUGUGGUCAUGAAUGUGUGGCAAAGUCUCAGCUGACUCAGCUGAAACUCACCUGAAGCAUUUAAUUGAAUGCACUAAAGCACACUUCCUAAUUAACUACAUCAGUCACCUUAAAAGGAUGUGUACAAUAUUAAUGGUUUCAAGAAAAGAAGCUUGUUGCGAUGACAUAAGAGUUUCACUCCAACAGUUUCUUCGCUUUUUAUUUCCUUUUAAACCACACUAGUUAUAUGUUUUCCAACGUCAGUGACACUAAGUUUCUUUGACAUUGAUAAAUUCACGUUCUUCUGUCUUCUGCACUUUAUAUUCGCCAAGUAACCCGUGUUUGUUCUACACAUGAGAAUUUUGUUUUCUUGAGAUCACACUUUAAAUAUUCUGAAACAGUCAAUUUCAGCAACUUCUAGAAUAUACACAUCUGUGUUGAAUUGGAUAUGCUCUGCCGGAGGUGAUUCCUCAUGUGGAUCCAGGAAUUGUGUAAAGGACUGACUUUUCACAUCAUAUUCAUAUCACACACAAAUCAAACUGAAAUACAUGGGAGCUACAAUCUUGAUGUUGUUAAGAAAAUAUCAACAACUAGAUGAAGAUCCAUCUAGACCCACAUCAUGGACGUUGUGGAGGGGAGCCAGUAUAAUAUUAAAAAUUAGUUUACACAAAAAAAGUGAUCCAAAAACAAAUUAAUUUAUCACAUUAAGAAAAUGUUCCUGAAUUUUGUAUUUUGUACUCAAGAAAUGUUUUUGUGGUUGCAGUUAAUCAUGAAGUUAAAAAUCAUGUAAAUCAAUUAGGUCAAAAUAUUGGGGAAAACAAAAUCAAUUAAGCAUUGUUUUUUUUCUUCAAUAGAAAAGUAAUAUCACAAUGCUUUCAGCAAAAUAAAUGUUCGAUACUGACGCUUAAAUCAGCCGAUUCAAACUAUUUACUGGGGUUUAUUAUUAUCACCUAAGUAACUGGGCUGGGCUAAUGCGUCUCCAAAUUUAAGCAUUAGUGUAAAUGUUGUAAUGGCUUGUGUUUUGAUGUUUGUUUCAGUAUAAUCGUUUAAAAGUCUGGUUUUCUACAUUAUGACCAGCUGCAUUCACUGAGACUGUAACUAAUAAGGAAUAGAGAUGGUCCUUUUCUGUAAAUAUCCCUAAAUUCAUUUUUCUCUCUUAUCAUGUUUUCUUGUUUGUAUGACUUUUGCAGCUGAAUCUUUGUUUCUAUUUUGUUAGCAUUUUCAGCCUCCAGCUUAAUGAGUCAUACAACACUUACAUUCAGUUUUCACCCUCAAAUCAGAUUUGUUUAUCUCAUGGUAGGCAUCUAUGGAAGCUUGUUUCCAUGACUGACAAAAACAAAAUACAAACAAAAUCUCAAAAUUUUGGCUUAAUUCCAAGUUCCAAAAUUCCAAGUUCAUUUUCUCAGAAGUUUGAGUUAGUCAGUGAAACUUUCAAUCUUGAGAUGAUGACCUUAAAUUUCGACUUAUGGAUUGAAAAAAUCCUUGUUUUUUUCAGCAAUGGAUGCAAACUUCCAUGGGUAGCAGCUAAUACGACUGCAAACUAUCAGAAGUAACUUUUUAGGGUGGAGACUUUGUAUUUAGAAACAUAAUCUUAUCUUCUCUCUGUGUGGACAUAAGAGGUUGAGAUUUACUAUAUUAACCAUAAAAUGAAUGAAUUUACUUGGGAAACUGAAAUAAAUGAGGAAAGCACUGUGAGAAAAGAAGUCUUAGGUUAAAGUGAUGAUCGGGAUGAAAUGGAGAACUGAAUGUGUAGAAAAGCAGCAAAAAGGUAGAACUGAAAGAAAUGGAAAUGUAUGUAAAAAGGUGAAUGUAGAAAUGGAAGCAAUAAAGGACAAAUUGAUUUCUGAAUCUGUGA